AUGCCCUUCGACGACGACGACAUUGGCGGCUCCAGCAACCCUAUUUGCGUGUCGAGCGACUCCUCCGUGACCCCUUCAAACGACGCCGCUUCCACUCUCUCUCGAAGCCGCGAUGUGGACCUGGACAGAGCACUGAGAGAGCUGGAGAGGAACGACUCGCGUAACGCGCAAGCCGGAUCAUCGCGGCACAAGCCUCUGCGGCCACACUCUCCGGGUGUACCGGGCAAGCGCCGCAUUGUUGAUGAGACGCUCGUCUCGAGGUACGACUAUAGUGAGCCGGAGCGAAAGGUAAGGCAGCACACGCGCACUCCGUCGCAGACGACCUUGAUGUCGUUUAUCAAGACAUCGCCCAGCACCAAGAAUCGCGUUCAAGCCGAUGCGCCCGCUGGACGGUCGCGCAAUGGCGACCGCGCGUUCCAACGCACUCCUUCCUUCGGUUCUCUGCCAACAAGCCGGCUAGCGCCACCAGCCAAGCGGAACGGCCAGUCGUCUUCCAGAAGUAUACUUGGUGGCACGUCGACAGAGGAUGCCAUUGAACUGAGCGAUGUUUCGCGGCGGCGGAGCCGGCGGCCGACAUCUCCUCCGCCAUCUCGCGGGUUUGCAUCGCGGCGCCACUCGCGCGCUGAUACUCGACAGCCCUCAGUGCAGGCUCUCCCACCCGCGGCGAGACGACCACCAGGGAAGAUGGCAAGUAACUCGCAGCCCGUCGUCGUCAUUUCCGACUCGGACGAGGAGACCCCAGUUGCUGGCGGCGCUCACAAGCGCACCGUCACGGCCUCGCCCAGAAAGGAGCUCAAGGAUCCGCGGAUCCUCGUGCCCGAGACAGUGGCGUCACCACUGCGGGGGCGCAGUCUGGUUGAGGAGACUGUCCUUCCACGUCCUCCUAUCAGCGCAGUUGUCGCUUCUCAAAGCUAUAUCGUCCCUGAGUCCGCCACGUCUUCUGCACCAGCUAUCGUCUUAGACGACUCGGACGAAUCUCGAACCCGACUCCCCCGCCGCUCCAGCAGGGCCCGAUCAGCAGCGACUCCCGAAGAACGACAGGAACGCCAGAGACGGGCGAAUGAGAGGAUCAUGACCCCUGCCUCCAUUGCUGAACUCCCGUCUAUCCUCGACGGUCUCGCAAAAACACCAACGCCCAAGAAGCCCGUGCCGAAGAAGUUGGCACCGGCACCCGACGCCAACUCUGCCAAGCGCCGGCUGUUCGCUGCCAAUGCCAACCUUGAUGACGAGAGUUAUCGACCUAACCCUGGGAGUGUGCUCGCCCGCCCAGUCAAACCCGAUCGGGCAGCCUGGUACCAGGCUAAUCGCCCCCGGCGCAGCCUCCCAGUCGCAGGCAAGUACGCUCUCCCGCCUGUCGAUACGCCAAUCCAGCAGUGGCCCACAAGACCCGGUACGUCGCACACACCCCAAGCAAGGAAGCGCAAAUCGGCGGAGCGCCAUAUCAAGACUCCUGGUCCUGCCGAACGUCGCUCGCCGAAACCUCCUGGGGGACACAGCUUGGCGACGCCUGCUGCGGCGGAGCCCAAGUCCAAAACGCCUGCACCGGCCGGCCGCCGAUCGCAGACAACAGUGGUUACCCAACCCCGGUCCCAGACGCGCGACAUGCGCUCCCCAGCCAACGGCCACAAGAUUAGCAUACCAGUGCAGCCGGGCCCACACUCACGGGCGAGGGCGGCACCAUCCAAACCAGCUUCGCCUUCUCCGGUUGCGCCAAAGGAUGUCUCCGACCAGUCUGGCCCCAGCACUCCGCAACAUCAGCGGUGUUCUUCCAUGUCAAGCUGCUUGACGCCGCUCCCUCUCACCCAGAUCCCACCUGACAGCCCGGCAGCCAGUUUGCAGUCACAUUCCACCCUUCGCCCCGAGAGGCUAGAGGUUGUGCGCGAGGAGCCAUCGGCCAACAUGAACCAGCCCGGAGGACGGGGUUCCCUCCCUGUUCCUGCCGAACCUCCAGCGGUUGAAGCGGUGGAGGAAGCUGACAGUGGAUCUGCGACAGACUACGAGAAUGCCGGCUCAGAAUUCGGGUUGGACCUGUACGCCGAUUUCGCGGAGUUCGCUGGAAGUCCCUCCCAGUCCAUCCUGAUCACCCCCGCGAAGCGCUCCAUGACCAGACUGAGCGUCUCGCCAACGGCGUCCAAGACGUUCCGAUCUCACGUGGCGUCGAAGUUCGGGGUGACAACUGAGGCUGGCGAGUCCACUGCCGGCCCCGGACCUCCUGAGCAUUCCGAGUCGCUUUACAAGGCGUCGCAGCCUCCGAUGUCCCCUACGGCCCGUCUCCUGGCUGAGGAGCAGGAGCGCGAGAGGAAGGUAGCGGAAGAGCGGGAGCGUGCACAGACGGCUGCCGCUGAGCGCGAAGCAAAUAAUCGGGCGCAAUUCGAGGCCAUCAAGCUUCUUGAAGGCAGCGACGAUUCAGACGAUGGCGACGAACUCCGCCUCUCGCAAGUUUUCCGGGAUAUCGAAAGGACCCCAUCGCCUGGUGUGAGACGAUCGGUCCGGCAGCGCCAGUCUGUCUCCAAGGUCUCGGACGACGAUCAUGACCCCUCCUUGCCACAGCGGCCCCAGUUUAAAUCGAACCCUAACCACUCCAAGCUCUUCAAGGAGCUUGACCGCGACACCAGGCGGGGGAUGACGACGGCCCACAUUGAAGCCGCCCUCUCGGCUUCGGCAAGCCCGGAACGCCGCCAGCUUGACCUUGCCAACGUCAGCGGUGUCGAUGAGGCAGUCCUGGCCGAGGCGCAACGCAUCCAGCGGGAAGGAGCUCGAAAGGAGGAACGGGAGGCAGUUCACUCUGUGUUCUGGGAAGAAGAUAGACGGCUUGCAGUGGAGGGCCCGCCUCUCCCUCUCCGCUGCGCAUACCAGGACUACUCGGUGGAGAUGCUCGAGGACGUAUAUGACGAAUCGACGCUUGCCCGACUCGUCUCAUGCCUGCCUGUGCCAGCCUCGACUGAGGUCCUACUAAACGAGUGGCUCUUUGAGCUUGCCUUUUGUGCCCGUGACGAAGAGCUGGCCUACGUAGCACUUGAGCGCUUGCUCGAGUUCAUUGUGAGCUCGACCAACGAGCCGACCCAGGCCCCCGACGGCCUGUUCUGGCUGAUGAACUCGGCGUGGUACCAGCUCGGCGCCAAGGUGAGAGAAUCAGAGAGACCCCUCGCCCGUGUCGCUCGCGACCGAGCAACUGCAAGCACAUUUAUCUGCCGCAUCGCUUCAAUGGCAGCCAACAAAGGAUGGUUGGGAUCCCACUGCGCAUGGUUUAUGCUCUGCCACUUGGCGGUCCUCGCCAGCGACUCGUCGACCAGCUCCGCUCUGUCGCGCCAGAUCGAGGCCGCUACGGCGGACCUGUUCAACUUGGUGUUGAAGGAAAAUCCACACGACAACAUGAUUGCGGAAGAACUGGCGUCGCUUGAACUAGCGCCACAAGUCCGGUCUGUCCUCGCACUCGGUCAAAGAAACAGCGCUUCGCGAGCGGCGGUGCGAUGGACGACAAUUGGCCUGUUGCUCGCCAACGACGAAGACGCCGUCAAGAAGGAAGGAGGAGCGCGCCCCAUUGCCCACCGUGUGCUGCAGGGUCUCUACCGCAUCGAAGACGAGAUCCGCUCCGAGAACGCAGAUUAUGGACGCAUCAGCAACCUCCUCGCGUUGUGGUGCGCCGGCCUGACAGAUCUCGACGAUGGGUGGUCCAAUGACCCUGAGGCUGCGUGGGUGGUGCGCGAAUCCCUGCGCUUGCGCGACCUUGUUCGCGACGACCCUGACGAUCCGGCGACGAGCGAGGUCAAGGGCCGUCUGCAGUUGACCCACCACAUUGUGAGCCUGCACGUGCAAGCCGCCACGGACCGCGAGCGGCGUGCGCGCAUCGCCGGCAAGGGGCUGGAGGUUGGCGUGCAUGGGCAGACACGGCUGAGCUUUGGACGUGGUGAGGGUAAGCAGAGUGAUGGUGAGGGUGAGCAGAAUGAUGGUGAGGGUGAGCAGAAUGAUGGUGAGGGUGAGCAGAAUGAUGGUGAGGACAGGAAUAUAUGA